CCCGCCGCUGCUGUCUCACCGCCAGCUCCUCGCUGUUGCCUCGCCCGCUCUCGCCUCCGCCUCGGCGCCCGCCCGCAGAAUACAAUGUCUACUUUAAAGGAGAAACUUAUCACACAAAUAGCAUCAGAAAGAACCAUCCCUAACAGUAAGGUCACUGUUGUUGGGGUUGGCCAAGUUGGUAUGGCUUGUGCUAUCAGCAUUCUUGGAAAGCGUCUUUGUGAUGAGCUCGCUUUAGUUGAUGUUUUGGAAGAUAAGCUGAAGGGGGAAAUGAUGGAUCUUCAACAUGGGAGUUUGUUUCUUCAGACUCAUAAGAUUGUGGCAGACAAAGAUUAUGCUGUCACAGCUAAUUCCAAGAUUGUGGUAGUGACUGCUGGAGUUCGUCAGCAAGAAGGGGAGAGUCGCCUUAACUUGGUCCAAAGGAACGUGAAUGUCUUCAAAUUUAUUAUUCCUCAGAUCAUAAAGUAUAGUCCAGAUUGCACCAUUCUUGUGGUUUCCAACCCAGUGGAUAUAUUGACGUAUGUCACAUGGAAGCUAAGUGGACUGCCCAAGCACCGUGUGAUUGGAAGUGGUUGCAACUUAGAUUCAGCCAGAUUUCGCUACCUGAUGUCCGAAAAGCUUGGCAUCCACCCCAGCAGCUGCCAUGGCUGGAUCUUAGGAGAACAUGGAGAUUCUAGUGUGGCUGUUUGGAGCGGAGUUAAUGUGGCGGGGGUUUCCCUCCAGGAGUUGAAUCCUGCUAUGGGUACUGACCGUGAUAGUGAGAAAUGGAAAGAAGUCCACAAGCAGGUGGUUGAAAGUGCCUAUGAAGUGAUCAAACUUAAAGGAUACACUAACUGGGCCAUUGGCCUUAGUGUUGCUGAUCUACUUGAGACCAUGAUGAAAAACUUGUGCCGGGUUCAUCCAGUGUCAACAAUGGUAAAGGGCAUGUACGGCAUUGAGAAUGAAGUCUUCUUGAGCCUCCCUUGUGUGCUAAGUGCCUCUGGACUGACAAGUGUGAUCAACCAAAAGCUGAAGGAUGAUGAGGUGGCUCAACUGAGGAGCAGUGCAGAUACGCUGUGGAGCAUCCAGAAAGAUCUCAAAGAUCUGUAACCUGUAUGCUAACUUCCAGCAAUAGGAAAACUGCAUUUUGUGUGAGCAUUUGGGCCCUCUAGUUAUCCAUCUCUGUGGCUAAUGUUUUAUUGCUCUACCUAAAAUGAAAUGAGCUUUUGUCCACAGCAACUAACCCUAUGCUUAUUUGUAAUGCGCAGAACUUAUGAACAAAUAAACUUUCAGGUGUGCUUCACUUGC